AUGACGUCGCCUGGGUAUAAAAAAGGGAAGAGGUUCAGAUGGAUUAUACUCCAAGCAGCGCUCUGGGUUGAGAUCAGUAAACAGGCGAGAGUUGAGGGGGGAAAGUUCCAGGGGUGGAUCCUGCGCGCUUACACACACACACGGAAACACACAUGCACACGCACACACGCGCGCACAGACACACACGCAAAUUCUGCCCGCAAGCUGCCCUUGGAAAAAGCUUUGCUCUUUUCUCUCCGAGCCUUUUUUAAAAUUUCUCCGAAAAGUUUCGAUUUCGUGUUUCUCCAGCCUUCUCCCCCACCCCCCCCCUUCCUACCCUCCUCCCUUCCACCGCAGCCACCGCCACCUACCCACCCUCCGCCCUCCCCCGGCCGCUCGGCGCUGCCCUGCCCCGGCACGGUUUGGGGCAUGCCUGUGAGCAUGUUCAGCAUCGACAAUAUCCUGGCGGCCAGACCUCGCUGCAAGGACUCGGUGCUGCUGUCCCCGAGCGCCGCCGCCCCCGUCGUCUUCCCGGGCCUCCACGGGGACUCGCUCUACGGCGGCGCCUCCGACUACGGCGGAUUUUACUCCCGGGCGGUGGCACCCGCCUCCGCGCUGCCGCCGGCCGUCACCGGCUCUCGCCUCGGCUACAACAACUACUACUACGGGCAGCUGCAUGUCCCGGCGUCCCCCGUGGGCCCUUCGUGCUGCGGGGCCGUGCCGCCCCUGGGAGCCCAGCAGUGCUCCUGCGUCCCUCCCGCAGGUUACGAGGGCACUGGGUCAGUCCUGAUGUCCCCUGUUCCCCAUCAGAUGUUGCCCUACAUGAACGUGGGCACUUUGUCCCGGACGGAGUUGCAGCUACUGAACCAGCUGCACUGCAGGCGAAAAAGGCGACAUCGGACAAUCUUCACUGACGAGCAGCUGGAAGCGCUGGAAAACCUCUUCCAGGAAACGAAAUACCCAGACGUGGGCACCAGGGAACAGCUGGCCAGAAGGGUGCACUUAAGAGAGGAAAAAGUGGAGGUGUGGUUCAAAAACCGCCGGGCGAAGUGGAGGAGGCAAAAGCGGUCGUCUUCCGAGGAGUCAGAAAACGCACAGAAAUGGAAUAAAGCGUCUAAAACGUCUCCGGAGAAGAGACAAGAGGACGGGAAAAGUGACUUGGACUCCGACAGCUGAUACCUCUCGGGGGGGACAUUUCCCGUGGACUGUCGGAUACGCUCCAGAGGAUGCUACUAAGCUUGCACAAGCUCUACCCUGUCGGAGGGGGAAAAAUAUCUGUAUAUAAUGUACCAUGCCCCGAGCUGAUUCCGUGUAAAUAAAAUGCAUUGCGGAGGUGUUGCACAGG